AUGGCAGAUCAUAAACCUUACAUUUAUGCAUCUACGCCACCACCGCCAUAUGGUUACAAGUCACCGUUGCCGCCAUCUUCAUCACCUCAUCCCUAUCACUACAAGUCACCACGUCCUCCGUCACCAUCUCCACUACCCCUUUACCACUAUAAAUCACCACCUCCUCCGUCACCAUCUCCACCACCUCCAUCUCCCUCACCACCACCUCCUUACUACUACAAGUCCCCACCCCCACCAUCACCAUCACCAUCACCAUCACCUCCUCCUCCUUACUUCUACAAAUCACCACCGCCUCCCUCACCAUCUCCUCCACCUCCUCCAAAUAUUUACAAAUCACGCCCACCAUCAUCUCCUCCACCUCCUUCUUACAUCAACAAAUCCCCACCGCCUCCAUCUCCUUCUCCUCCACCUCCUUAUAUUUACAAAUCACCUCCACAACCAUCUCCUUCACCUCCACCUCCUUAUGUGUACAAGUCUCCACCACCCCCAUCCCCAUCACCACCUCCUCAAUAUGUCUACAAGUCGCCGCCUCCUCCAUCUCCAUCACCUCCUCCUCCUCCUUACGUCUACAACUCGUCACCACCACCUUCUCCUUCACCACCUCCACCCUACUAUUAUAUGUCACCACCACCUCCAUCUCCUUCUCCUCCACCUCCUUACAUUUACAAAUCCCCCCCACCCCCAUCUCCAUCACCACCUCCUCCAUAUGUCUACAAGCCCCCUCCUCCUCCAUCCCCAUCACCUCCUCCUCCUUAUGUAUACAAAUCGCCGCCGCCACCUUCUCCUUCACCACCUCCACCCUACUAUUAUAAGUCUCCACCACCACCAUCUCCUUCUCCUCCACCUCCUUAUAUCUACAAGCCACCCUCACCACCAUCUCCUUCACCUCCACCUCCUUAUAUCUACAAGUCUCCACCACCCCCAUCUCCAUCACCACCUCCUCCAUAUGUCUACAAAUCCCGUCCUCCUCCAUCCCCAUCACCUCCACCUCCUCAUGUAUACAAAUCGCCACCACCACCUUCUCCUUCACCACCUCCACCCUACUAUUAUAAGUCUCCACCACCUCCAUCUCCUUCUCCUCCACCUCCUUAUAUUUACAAAUCACCCCCACCACCAUCUCCUUCACCACCACCUCCUUAUAUCUACAAGUCUCCACCACCACCAUCUCCUUCACCUCCUCCUCCUCCUCCAUAUGUCUACAAGUCCCCUCCUUCUCCAUCCCCAUCACCUCCUCCUCCUCAUAUAUACAAAUCGCAACCACCACCUUCUCCUUCUCCACCUCCACCCUACUAUUAUAAGUCUCCACCACCUCCAUCUCCUUCUCCUCCACCUCCUUAUAUUUACAAAUCACCCCCACCACCAUCUCCUUCACCUCCACCUCCUUAUAUCUACAAGUCUUCACCACCACCUCCUCCUUCACCUCCUCCUCCAUAUGUCUACAAGUCCCCUCCUCCUCCAUCCCCAUCACCUCCUCAUGUAUACAAAUUGCCGCCGCCACCUUCUCCUUCACCACCACCACCAUACUAUUGUAAGUCUCCACCACCUCCAUCUCCUUCUCCUCCACCGCCUUAUAUUUACAAAUCACCCCCACCACCAUCUCCUUCUCCUCCACCUCCUUAUAUCUACAAGUCUCCACCACCACCAUCUCCUUCACCUCCUCCUCCAUAUGUCUACAAGUCCCCUCCUCCUCCAUCCCCAUCACCUCCUCCUCCUUAUGUAUACAAAUCGCCGCCGCCACCUUCUCCUUCACCACCUCCACCCUACUAUUACAAGUCUCCACCACCUCCAUCUCCUUCUCCUCCACCUCCUUAUAUUUACAAAUCACCCCCACCACCAUCUCCUUCACCUCCACCACCAUCUCCUUCACCUCCACCUCCUUCUAUCUACAAGUCUCCACCACCCCCAUCUCCAUCACCACCUCCUCCAUAUGUCUACAAGUCCCCUCCUCCUCCAUCCCCAUCACCUGCUCCUCCUUAUGUAUACAAAUCGCCGCCGCCGCCGCCUUCUCCUUCACCAUCUCCAUCCUACUAUUAUAAGUCUCCACCACCUCCAUCUCCUUCUCCUCCACCUCCUUAUGUUUACAAAUCUCCCCCACCACCAUCGCCAUCACCUCCACCUCUUUAUAUCUACAGCUCUCCACCACCCCCAUCUCCAUCACCACCUCCUCCGUAUGUAUACAAGUCCCCUCCAUACAUCUGA